AUGAUUCUUGCGUUUACAAAAUUAUACAGCAGUAUUAAUCAGAGAUCGACAAAACAGAACAAGUGGAAACUAUCUGCGACAACAACACCACCACCAUCAUUUCCAUUAAUUAGUUUUAAUUUAACAGUGUUAACACUGCUACAAUUUAUCAAUUAUACAAAUUCAACAACAAAAGCUGUAGUCUCAACAUUCUCCACUGUUAAUGAAACAUCAUGGCCAACAAUAGCAAAUGUUUGCAUACCAGAAGUAAUCGAUCAAAGUUUAAUUUAUUAUUCAUUACCCUAUCGUAUUAUGGCUGGUCUAUUAAUUGUACCCAUAACAAUUUGUGCCAUAGGUGGAAACAUACUUGUUAUCUAUGUCAUUAAACAUUUUCAAUCAUUAAGAAUAACAGGAAAUGUUUUUUUGGCAUCAUUGGCAGUUGCUGAUGUUGGUGUUAGUACGACGGCUAUGACAUUUUAUGGUUUACAGUUAUUAACUGGUAAAUGGAUAUUAGGUGCAUUUAUGUGUCGUCUCUGGUUUUCGUGUGAUGUUUUAUUUUCAACAGCAUCUAUUAAUCAUUUAACAUGUAUAUCAUUAGAUCGUUAUUUAUCAAUUGUAAGACCAUUCGAACAUAAACGAAGUUCUAGUGAAAGACGACGAUGGUUAAUGAUCGCUCUAUGUUGGAUAUUAUCGUGCUUACUAUCCUUUAUUCCUAUAUUUACCGGUAUUUAUACGUCACGUAGUCAAAUACACGAUAUUAAUUGUCUAAACAAAGUAACAGGACGAUGUUUGUUCAUUGUUAAUCAAAUAUAUGCCAUUGUUUCGUCUUGUGUAUCGUUUUGGGUACCCGGUGCUGUGAUGGUAAUUAUGUAUGCAAUGCUAAUAAGAAUUGCUGAUGCAAAAGAACGUGAAGUAUAUAAGACACAAGUGCAUGUUAGACGACGAACAUCAAAUGUAAAUGCUGUCACACUUAUGAGACGUUUAAGUGAGGAAAAUGCAGCCGCACGCUCAAGUCUAAUUGAUAUUCGAACAUCACGAAAUCAAUUACAAACAAAUAACAAUAAUAAUCAAACAGCAAAUAAUCGUCGUAUUACUCACAGUGAAUCAACGUCACAAAAUAUGCAACAUCAGCAACCACAAAGAGAUAGAGAUAGAGAUAGAGAUGCUGAUCUCGACACACCAAAUGAUGAACGUCGAUCUAUUGAUAUUGCUGGUAACCUUUUAGAUCCAGGAAUUAGUCAAGUACGACAUUUAAAACGUGAACGUCGAGCAGUUAAAACAUUGGGUGCAAUUAUGAUUGCAUUUAUUGUUUGUUGGCUACCAUUUUUUGUACGUUAUUCAGCGUGUGAACCAAAUCGUUGCCGAUGGAAAUAUAUGCCAAUUGUUGAAGAUCUUGUAUUUUGGAUUGGUUAUUUUAAUUCGUGUAUUAAUCCGUUUCUCUAUGCAUUUCAUAACAAAGAUUUUAGAAAUGCCUUUCAGAAAACGUUAGGACCAUUUUUUUCAUGUUUUUGUCGAUUUUGUCGUGAAAGACGUCAAAGUAUAAACAGUGCUACUCAAGUAGCAAUUAAUGCGGGUCUUGCCACUACUGGCGCUGGCAAUCCUUCAUUACCCGCAAAAAAGAGAAAAGUAAAGAAAAAAAGAUCUGUUAACAAUUAUAUUAGUGACAACGUUCCACGUGCUGCACAUUCAAAUGGAACGUCAAAUAAUUUGAACGGUGGUGGAGAAAAUAGCAGUUCAUCUAAACGAAAUUCUUGUACUUAG